UAUCUUUGAAAGUUUUCCAGUGAUAAAAAACACUGAAAAAGCAUAGUUUUCUGUAACAAAAACAAAAUGGCGAGAAUAGCUUGCAGCCACCUUAUGCCAUCACUCCUUCAUCCACUGAAGCAGCAGAGAAACCAUUAUAAGCUGAUGGGAGUAGUUGGGGGAUUGAGCAGAGGGUUUUCUGCGUCUUCCAUGAAGAUAAGCAUGAGCCUUAGAGCCGGCAUCGUUGGUCUGCCUAAUGUUGGCAAAUCCACUCUCUUCAAUGCUGUUGUUGAAAAUGGGAAGGCUCAAGCUGCCAAUUUUCCUUUUUGUACUAUAGAGCCAAAUGUAGGGAUUGUUGCAGUUCCAGAUAAACGUCUAAAUGUGCUUUCUGAUCUCAGCAAAUCCCAGCGAGUGGUCCCAGCAUCUAUAGAAUUUGUAGAUAUUGCUGGGCUUGUGAAGGGAGCCAGUCAAGGAGAGGGGUUAGGUAAUAAAUUUUUGUCACAUAUCCGAGAGGUCGACUCUAUACUUCAGGUUGUUCGCUGCUUUGAAGAUAAUGACAUUGUUCAUGUUAAUGGAAAAGUUGAUCCUAAGUCUGAUAUCGAUGUUAUCAACUUAGAGCUUGUCUUCUCAGAUCUUGACCAGAUCGAGAAAAGAAUAGAGAAGCUCAAAAAAGGCAAGGGAAAAGACUCGCAGUCAAAAGUUAAGGAGGAAGCAGAAAGAUCUGCCCUGGAAAGAAUUAAAGAGGCACUUAUGGAUGGAAAACCAGCACGAUCUGUUUCUUUAACAGAUUUUGAAAAAGAUGCUAUAAAGCAUCUUUGCCUGCUUACAAUGAAACCUGUUAUAUUUGUAGCAAAUGUUGCAGAGUCUGAUGUUGCUGACCCUGGAAGUAAUCCUUAUGUCAACCAAGUGAUGAAUCUUGCAUCAGAGUUGCAAUCUGGACUAGUAACAAUUUCAGCUCAGGUUGAGUCAGAGCUUACUGAGCUUCCUGCUGACGAGAGAACAGAGUUUUUGAAGUCUCUUGGUGUCAGUGAAAGUGGUCUUGGAAAUCUUAUCAGGGCAACAUAUAAUCUUUUGGGGCUUCGUACUUAUUUUACUUCUGGCGAGAAGGAAACAAAAGCAUGGACCAUUCUUGCAGGAAUGACUGCACCUCAAGCUGCCGGAGUCAUUCACUCUGACUUUGAAAAAGGUUUCAUUCGAGCUGAGACGGUGUCUUAUGAUGAUUUUGUUGCUGCUGGUUCACUUGCUGCAGCUAGAGAAAAAGGAGUUGUAAGUUUGUGGUCUUACAAAAUAUUCUGGACGGUUUGCAGGAAGCUCUAUCUAUACUACCAAUCUAUAGUCUGCCUUAUGAAAAUAGUAAAUUUGCCUUUUAUAGGUUUAUUCAGUUAAGGACCUAAUUCUAUUAUAUACAUAACUCAAAGGCUGUUUGGUGUAGAUAUGACUUAUAUUGUACAAUAUACCGGUAUUUAGCUGACAGAAAAAAUUGGUGCUGGGGACACAUUCUUAUGAGCUUCGUCAAAUGUUUGACCCGUUAAGAAAAUCGCUUUCUGAAAGUUUAACAUCAAUUUUUCUAGCUUAGCUAGUUCUCGUGGAACCCCCGUUGGGUAUUAGGAGUAGAUUAACAUGGUUUGUGUUGGGGGUAAAACUAAUAUCUGACGAUUUGUUAAUGAGCCAAUGCUUCAAAUCUUCCUUUGAAGUUGAAAAUGAUGAGGUGUUGCACUCUGUUUACCACAACUAGUUACUGCUGUUGAGCAUAUUCUCAUUCGGCUUGGUUUAUGACUUCCAAGUUCAAUUUGCAUAGGGAUUACAAUGUUUUCUAGAAAAACCGAUGACAAUUGAUCAACCUAUUGUAUGUAUUAAGUCUUAUGGUGAUUAUACUCUUGAACAACCGUCAAUGCAUUUAUUGUUUCACAUUUUGAUACUUUGACUAUUAUGCCUUCAUAACCUCCUGUGGUUCGUCCAUGCCCAUCGAUUAGUUGUCUGUCUCUAGCCAUGCGUCAAUCUUUUCUUUUAGUUUGUUGGAUAUCCAAAUAUGUCCUGCCAGUCAACUUGUUUAAAUUAUAAGUUAGACUUUUUUGAUCAAACAGUUGCCAAAUAGUCAAAUCAAAGUGAUAUUUGGCAUGCAUGUUGAUUAUGAGAGAGAUGGCUGAUUUUGUCAGUAAAUGACUAAUAGGCUUGGAAAGUAGAGUAUUGAAAGGUGCUAAUGUCUAUGAGCAUCACAAGGUUAUCUUCUCUCAUUUAUUUACCAUUUCCUUGUAUUAUCCUACAUCAAUCUUUAUUAAUACUAUUUUGUCCAAAAAGGAGAAACCUUAUUAAUAUUAAGCUUUGGUGGUUGCAGUUGAGAUCUGAAGGUAAAGAUUACAUUGUACAAGAAGGAGAUGUGAUGCUUUUCCGCUUCAAUGUGUGAUAAUUUGAAACAUGGAAGGCUUAGUUCUUUUGCCCCCUAGUACUGAGAUUGAGAUGUAGUUCAUUUGAUUUAGAUGAUCUUGGAAAUUUUGAAUGGUCUGAGAUCAUUUCUGUUAUGUGAAUCUGAAAUAUUCUUUUGUUUUAUAAAUGCUGAGAAACUUAUAUC